AUGGAUUACAACUCAACAAGAAUUGGACAUCUGUCCAAAUCCUCUUGGCUACCUAUCUCCCUAAACUGGAUUACAACUCAACAACAAUUGGACACUUGUCCAAAUCCUCUUGGCUACCUGUCAAUGGAAUACAACUCAACAAGAAUUGGACACCUGUCCAAAUCCUCCUGGCUACCUAUCUCCCUAAACUGGAAUACAACUCAACAAGAACUGGACACCUGUCCAAAUUUUCUUGGCUACCUUUCUUUCUUCACUGAAAUACAACCCAACAGAUAUUUGGAACACCUGAGUGUCUUUGUGAAAAUGUUCCGUAUGGGUGAAUUUGACAAACGUAGGAAAUACCCGAGACCAGUCUGCAUACAAUUCGCCUACCGAAACCACAAGGAUCUGGUAAUGAGUGGGGUCAAGGUGCUCAAAGCAAAGAAAUCACCAUUCCGAUUUGCACAGCAGCAACCAGAAGAAGUAAGAGAGAAAAGGAAACAACUUUUUGAAGUUCAGAAAAAAUAUACUGAAAAAGGCAUAGAAACUAAGAUGAAUGGAACGAAACUCAUAUUCACACAGAGCAACUCUGUCUAUAGAGACAAACUCGGUUCACGACCUACUGCCGAUGAGAUCAUUACCGACGACGAGGUCAACAUAACGGUAAACCCUGGGAAGUCUGUCGAGGACAAUGGAAAGCGGUUUAUUAGCCAUGCAGUAUCUGUCGAGUCUUUUAAGCAGGUCAGGAAAUCUAUUGUGGAAGUGAUGCGCAUCAAUACCAUUUCAAGUGCGAGCCAUAACAUAUAUGCGUACCGAUUUACCAGCCCAGACGGUUCCACUCAUGAGGGUUCUGAUGAUGAUGGCGAAUUUGGAGCGGGACGAGCGCUACUGAAAACCCUGAUUGACAACGAAGUGACUAACGCGCUGGUUGUGGUCUCGCGCUGGUACGGUAGUAAGAUCGGUCCUCGAAGAUUCACCCACAUUAACGAUGCAGGUAUGAGUGCCGUAAAGAACAUGCAGGUACCUGUUAUUUCGUGA